AUGUGGCCCACAGCAGCAGUCAAAGACCAAGGGAGCAGUACCACCCCCAUAACUAGUAUAGCUAUCCUGCCAAACUAUAAUUUGGAGAAAGCACUUGAUACUAUUGAGCACACCAACCCAAACCUCCCACUGGUACCAGAUACACCAAUCUCUUGCGUUGAACUGAUCGGCUCACUCUUUCCAAGCUUUCCCCACUGGUCAGAUGUCAUCUUACUCAUAGCGCCUGACAGUGAUACUCAAUGUCCUAUAUGCAAUGGAACAAAGUUUGCUUGCGGUCUGGCAAGCUUUAACUGCAUCUCGACACAAACACUUUUGUUUAUUGAAGAUGAGAUGAUUACAGAAGCGAUUACUUCCUUGAAGGCAACAUUAACUGGCAAGAUGGAUGAAAAUAUGUCAUUUUUAGUGGCAAUUUCAGCAACAAACACUCUUUUUGUGGACUGGAUGACUGGCAUCGCCAUGGACACCAAAGCGGCUGCACAAAACGCAAAUAUGAUGGUGCAAGAGGCAAAAAAGGCUGCAGAGGAAAACAAGGAUGAAGUGCGGUCUCAGAUACACGAACUUAAGGUCCAAAUUCAGGAAGUGAAUGAUCAGAUUAAUGCGGGCAAGAGUAUCUUGGGUAGGAUCAAGGAUAUUUUACAGGUGCACAGGGUGCAUGAGGAUGACUGGUUUGGUGUCCGGGUACUUUGGCAGCACCAGGUGCUACCCAUGCACGAGCAGUGGCUGACAUCUUUCCAAAUUUCUGGUACUAUCACCUGA